AGGUGAACCCUGGGGUUUCACACCAAUGACAGAGACAUUGCCUCUGGGCCAAAGCGCCACUGUUGUUUAAAUACCUAUAACAAAAUUUGUCAUUAACAUUUUUACAUGUAGAAUGUCUUUGUUUUUGUGAAUUUAUUUGGCCCCACAAAAUCAUAGCAAGUUUACCACAACAAAAGUAAAUUUUGUUUUUUGCCUGGUGCAAGCAAUUUGUGUUUGGUGCAAGUAAUUUGUUUUAUGUGCACCAGUGCACCUUUACCAAAAAAUGUAAUUCAAGCCCUGUCUGUCCCGCUUUCUGUCUGCACCCCACCAACAACAGCUUAACUAGGCUCACUGGAACUUUUCUGCUUCUACCUUACUUCUUUUUUCAUCUCUUUCUCCAUUUCAAACAUCUGUACUCUUAUCACAUUCAAUUUAAAAAAAAAUUAAAACAAAAAUGUAAUUUUCCAAUAUUGUUAUUUUGUUGUAUUGAUAAAGAGUGCUUGACCUGUUAUGGCGCUAUCUGUUUAGCACCAGUCUCCAGGAGAAAAAUAAUUUGUAUUGCAACCAUGGUUCUGUAACUGCAUCAAGGUCCAGGCCUAAAAAGUGAAUAGUAGACUAUGUCCCAGCACUCUGGACAGUUUGGUCUGACUGAACGUAUAUAUAGGAUUGCAUUGAUGCCCUAGUGUUGACUCCCUAAUCUGAGUUUAAUUUACUAACAUUUUUUAAAAAGUUUAAUAGAGGUGAGGGGAAAUAUAUAGAAAGCAUUAGCAGAGACUGUGUAGACAACAAAUUAGAGAAAAAGUAAAGUGAGUUUUGUUGUGUCUGCAGAAAUUUUGUCGAGGCAGAGUACGAACUGAAACAUUCCUUCCAAUUUUGGUAUGAAACAAAUUCUGCUCCAAAUAUGUCUCGAAACUCUAAACGUCUGAGUCUCAAUUGCAGAGAAGUUUGAAAAUGCGGCUGGCACUGUUUAAGUUGAAGAAAAAAAGAGACUUUAAAACAACGAGCAUGUCUUUCUUCAUGGGAUUCCAUCAGUUAAAUAUCAGAUGGGAACAGCAGAGGUGAAUAUUGACUGUUAAAACUGUUUCGGUGGAUGGAGCUCUUGAAAAUGAAGAUGAGCGUUUAGUCUGAUCCUGAACAUUUGCUGCGUCUGUCUGGUUUGUUCUGCCCAAUAUUAAUGUUUGACUCCAAUUCUAGUCUUGAACAAACAGUUUUUUGCUGAUUUGUCUUAAGGAGACGGCCUCGGACAGUUUUUCAGGGAAGCCUGGUGGCUAUCUGGUGCCCACACCUUCCCGCUUAUUAUUACCACAAUUAUUUCCAUAGCGUUCCAUUUUGUAUGGCAAAAACAGUCAGGUCCAUAUAGAGUUGAGUGGUACCCGUUCUAUUGUCUGUAAUGAUCACCUUUUGUUGCCCAUCUUUCUCUUAUGGUAUUAUUUCCUUUUUCUGCAGACAGUCCCUGGCUUCGUUGCGUUCCUGUGGGACAACCAACCCAACCUCAGUAGCUGAUUUAUAUCACCCAAACAGUCGGACAGACCACUGUUCUCUUGCAUCCUUUUGGCUGGCUGCCACAGCUUCCCCCCAUCCGGACUGGCUCUGGCUGGAGUGUGGAUGGAGUCUAGGGAUCUGGUUGGCACGGCCCAACCCAAAGAGGUGGAGUUACAGGGAGGCAGGGUGGGGCCAAAUGAGGAGGACCAGGAAGGAGCACGAGACAUCGGUUUGGUGUGCAGUGAUGAUGUGAUAACCAGCGGCCUCAGUGAAGGGGAGGGGCUUGAGGAGCAAGGGGAGGGGCUUCUGGAGGAACAGGAGUUUUCCAUCAAGGAAGCAAGUUUCCAGGAAGGAAGUCUAAAGUUAAAGAUCCAGACCACUAAACGCACCAAGAAGCCCCCUAAGAAUCUUGAGAACUAUAUUUGCCCACCGGAGAUCAGGAUGACCAUCCGACCUCCUGUUGGAGAGGGCAAAACGGGGAGGCAGGGACGUUCAGGAAGUGGGGCAGGAGCAGGGCGGCCUCAGAAGGAUGAAGAACGAGGCCAAGGAAGAAAAAGGACAUACGAGCGCCAGUACAGAAUGCCUGAGCAGAAAGAAGGAGGCCUGCUGCAACUACUGGGAGAUCACACUCCACCCAAACACCAGCUUCGUGGCUCCCUCCUUCCCGCACACACGCUCUCUCUCACACAGCAAACACAACAAGCUCUCAUGCAACCAUUCCAGCAACAACACCAAAUCACUUCAGACUGGAUUACAACUGCAGCACCGUCUGCAACCGCAGCAAAUCCAGCAGAUUCCGAGGCAUCCAGAGAACUGUCAGGGACGAGUAGGAACAGUUUGCUUGAUUCCAGUCAACCUUUCUUACGAACUGCGUCACAAAGCCCCUCACCUCAGCGAUCCUUAACUCCAGACCUGCAGUUGCCAGUGGUUACCGAUGCCAGUAUUCUCAACCUGACCUCUCUGAGCAGGGGUAGGGGUUUACAAGAGGUCAGUGAACAGCUUUUUGGGAACAUCAAGAGGAAGUAUGGCAAGAAGGACUCCCAGAGGAUGCUCAGCAACCCCCACUGUGCUGAUUCACCAUGGGGAAGACAGGCAGAGAAAGGACCGGAGAGCCCAUCAAAUUUAGAGAGGCAGAAGUACAGGCACGAGGAGACCACUGAACGGUUUCAUGAAGAAAGAGAGGAAAGAAGCAAAGAGGAAAGAGAUCAAACAAUUGCUGCGAAGAGAGUAGAUGAAGAAGACCGGGGGAUGCACACGAUUACAGAGGAGCUAAAAGGAAGAAAGAGGCGAAGACGGCCUUCUUUUGAUGAGUCAUUUUCUGUUGAUGAGCAAUCGCAGCUACGACAAGAAUCUGACACCACAGAACAACAGCAGCCAGGGCCCCCAGAACCCAAAGUAGCACAUAAGAUGGAAUCUUACAAGAAUGAUCACACAAGUCAAUCUAAUAUUAGUAGAGCAAGGGCAGAAAAAGUAGACAAAUGUGAUAAAAGGGAAAAAGGGGAGAGGGCAGACAGGGCUGAACGAGGAGAGGUGGUUACAAACAGACCUGACUUGGAGACAGCUAUGAGGGCUAACAGAAUAAAAAAGAACCCGGUGGGUCGACCUAAAGUCAGCACAGAAAUCUUUAAACACAAAGAAUCUUCUCACAACCUGAUUAACAAACCCACACUUAAUGCGAACCCCAGACUCCCUAGUCCCAAUCCCAGCUUGAAGGGCAACAUCAGUCCUAGCCUCAGCCCAAAAUCCAGAGUUAGCCCUAGUCCAAGAUUUAACGUCAGCCCUAGUCCAAGCCCUAAAUCCAGAAUAAAUAUCAGCCCUAGUCCGAGUCCUAAACCUAGAGUAGCCCUAAAUCCAAGUCCCAGCCACAGCACUAGCUCUACAGCAAGUUGCAGCAGACCAUCCAAGGCCUUCGACAGGUGGUCCUACCUGAAAGCUAAAAGCUAUGCCAGUCUCACAUCACUCCAGAGAGACAACCGGAGUAGCCCAUCCACCCUUACAGACCCACCUUCAACCUUUCCCAUCACCCCCUCAAGCCCUCUCUACACCAACACUGACAGCCUGACCGUCCACACACCCAUUAAGAGAAAACGGGGACGACCCAAGAAGCAGCCACUGCUGACUGUGGAGACCAUCCACGAGGGCACCUCAACAUCUCCACCAAGCCCUCUUUCACAAAAAACAUCAGCAGGACUCAACAGCAGGACAAAAACACACACGCUAGCACAAAUGGCAUCCACACCCACCAGUCUGAAACUAAAGCGGGGUCGAGGCUUUUCCCGGCCAGUCAAUAAGAUGAAGCUUGGAAAAAUGCAGAGCAUCCUAAAUGAGAUCCUCUCAAGUUCUAGUCAGAAUGGCAGUCUGCCUCUGAAGUUCUCCUCAGCCCCAGUCACUUCAGCGAUGAGUGCAAUGGCUUCUACCAUUGAGGCACGGUUGGGAAAACAGAUAAAUGUUAGCAAGAGAGGAACAAUCUACAUCGGUAAGAAGAGAGGGCGAAAACCAAGAGCAGAAACCCAAAGCUUCAACAAAACCAUGUCCCUCUCAUCAGCCAGUUUGUAUGAGAGCCCUGUAGUGCCUUCCAACACCUUGUCUCCUUGCUCUACAGCUCCAUUUGUAAGAACCACACACUCUGACUCCACUAUGCCCAGUUUGCAACCCAUCUCAGCCCUGCCUUCUAAGCCAGCAAGCAGAGGUUUCCUCUCUGGAGGGUGGAAACUGUCUCCACCUCGCCUCCUGGCAAACUCACCUUCUCACCUAUCUGAGGUGGCGUCAGUAAAGGAGGUGACCCUGUCUCCCAUCAGUGAGUCCCACAGCGAGGAAACAAUUCCCAGUGACAGUGGGAUUGGAACGGACAAUAACAGCACCUCAGACCAAACUGAAAAGGGUCCAGCCUCUCGGUGCAGGUAUUCCUUUGAUCUAUGUGGGUUUGAGGCUGUGGAGGCAGCGCCUCUGGACACGUUGAACAGGAGCAAAGCCCGCUGUGAACGACAGGUCACUGCAGUUGACAACUUGUUGUCACUGGAGAAAAGACAAAAGCAUCAUCGGCGGAAGAGGAAGUGCCUACAGACACGGGAUCAUCUCCACUUUCUUGUUGAGUUUGAAGAGGUCGUUGUGAAGUUCAAGCAGCUACGAGUGUCCCACAGACGACCAGCAUGUUACCCCCAGCACCUAUAUCCCUCCAUUUUCCGCCUCAACUUCCACCAUUACUACCCAGUUACCUAUGACUCCUAUGCUUGUAACUCUGGCUCAUACCUACGCAGGAGUGCCGAGCUAAAAGCUAAGAGGAGACGUGGUCGUCCAGCCAAAGCCAACGAGCCAAUAACAUCGAAGCUGCCUUUUGUUCAAGGAUUUAGUUAUCCACUGGCAGGAGGAAAUUUCUAUACAGCACCAUAUGCAAUGCCUUAUGCAUCUCCACUGAGUCUGGGCUUCUUCCCUCCUGUUCCUCCAUUUUACCUGCCCCACCACCCCCUAGGACCUACACCUCCAUCUCCCUUCAUGAGGCCAGCUGUCCCUCCUCCCAAAUCUUUCCACUCCAGUGGACACUCCAAGCUCCAGGCAGGGCCAAAGCUUCGGACUGCUAGUGGAUCACUCCAGGGACCCUCUGUAAGAGGAGAGGGCCUUGGCUCAAUGAGCAGUGUAGGUGGGAUUGCAGGGGUACGCCUCCAUAAGAGGAAGCAUAGGCACAAACACAAGCACAAAGAUGAACCUCUCCUUUCACCACUGGACAGAAAGGACUUGGGUGGGCUCUUCAGUGGGGCCAAGACCACUGCUCAUCACAGUAUGUUGAGCAACAGGAGGGAAUUGUCCAGUCAGGGCCCUUCAAAACAUCUAGAGAAGCAAAGAGGCAUUGGAAGAGGCUCAAGCCUAGGAUCCAGCAUAGGGAUGUUUGAGCCAGACCAGCUGUCCCCACACUCUCUCUCUGACAGCCAGUUACACACAAGACAAACUGGACAGCCUAUAAACAGCUUCAUGAGUGGCUAUGCUAGCCAAUCACAGCAGUUGGAGUCAGCUCCAGAUCCCUUUCUGGGGUCACUAGAGGACGAGUGUAGUGGAAGAGGCAGGAAAAUGAGGCUUGCUGUGUUUGGAGAUCAAGGCUUGAUGUCAUUCCAAACUACUAGGCAGGAGCCAGGGCAGAUGAACCAGUGCUCCAGUCCCCCCCUUACUAGUGAACCAAACCAACGGAGGUUCAAACGUCGGGAGGUGGAACAGAUUCAGAAGGAUGUCAGGAGGAUGCAUUUGCUGAACUUCGAGCAUGUGCAGAAGAUCCUGCGCGCCAAGCGACUCCAGCGACAAGCAAAAACGGGAAAUAACGUCAUCAAGAGACGACCUGGACGGCCCCGGAAACAACCCCUAGAGAAGUCAGAGCCAACCAACAGGAGGGAGGAGGCUCACGUUGAAGGCGUGAGUUUGGACAUGCUGGCCAGUAAGAGAGGCGAUGGAAGGACUCUGGGGAUGCCUGUGCUGGAGAGGUGUGAUGACCUGUCAGGGAGGCAGAACCUCAGGCCGAACCUGACUCCCGAGCCUCUGAAGUUCUCCAAUCACGGUUCUAUCACGGCAACCAUUGAGAAAGUGGUGCAUCAAGCACGGUCAGUGACUCCACUGGCCAAAGGACGCAGAGGCAGGGGCCACAGCAGGGACGUGUUAUGGGCCCCCUUCAGUCAGUAAUCGCAAGAGAGCAGUGGUGCUGUGAACAAAACCAGUGCUGGUCCAGGCUUACCAGAUGCAGGGCCCUUAAUUGUGACACAUCUGAGCACUUUGGACUUUCUUCUCUCUGAUUUGUUGGAAGGACUGCAGUGGCUCAGUUGGAGCUGAAGCAGAAGGAGGGAAUACUUAAAGGGGCAUUAGUCUGUUGGCUUUCCCCACCAGAGGAUGAGCCUUUCUAGGGUUCAGUAGACUUUGACCUAAAUGGCACUAUACGGUACUAUUUGAUAAAAGUGCGUGAUACAUCUAAUAGUGUAGGGUAAUAUGUGACUCUUUACGUAUCUGAUACAGUGAUGUGUAUGGUACUUUAUCAUACUGUAUCUACAAUGUGGCUCUAGCCACAUAUUUACCAGCAAGAGGGUGGGAAAUGAUUGAUAUAAAAUUGUGCAGCUCUGUUUAUUUAUUGCCUUUCUGGGGAACCCUGUCAAAGACGUGGAAUAAUACAGCAGUAUUCAAGCCACCUUACCUAAUUACUUGCCCUCGUUUUUUUUUUUCCUACCCCGUUCUCAUACUUCCUGGCAGCUCCCAACUCCCCUGAUCCUUGUACCUGCUUGACUUUCACCAUAACUCUUUAGCCCUCCUUGGCUCUCGCUCCUUACCUCCAUUUUCCUUUGUCUCCUCAUCUUCUACCAAUCAUGUUUUACAUCUCCCAUUGCUUGUGUUCCUUCAAAAUACCCUGUGGUCUUGUGUUUUUUACCCCUGCCUGCUCAGGCUUGACAAAAAGGCAAUACAGUGGAUGAGACUGUCUCAGACUGUACAUAAGAAACAAGUUCCACUGUUGCCUGCCUGUACAUUGAAGAAGCAGCUCAUAGACAUGUACAUACAGUAUGUGAAAGUAGAAUUGUUGUACCAUAGACAAUGAAAGUUGUGUAUUAUUUUAUUACCAAAAAGAGAGGUGGGUGUGACUCAAGACAAGGUUGUUUUCAGACAGAAAGAACCACAUGUAUUCAUUCAUUCAUUCAUUCAUUGGUAAAGUCAUUAUUUUUUUAUAUCCAGGGGGCAUUGCAUAGAGAAAAAAUAUCAGAUGUAUUUUUGGUAAGCCUUAAAAUUGGUUUUAAUGCACUAUAAAAAAAAAACAAAAAAAAAACGUAACACUUCAAUCAUCAAUCAAAUGCAGCACUUACAUGCUUACAUAUUCCAGCCUUAUGUUUUGGCCUUUGAUGGUGUGGAUAUCCAUUCCAGUGAGCAUGCAUCAUUAUAAUCAAUUUGUAUAUGCAGGCUGCGCAGCCAAAAGCGUCAAACCCAAAUCCCAGUCUGAAUUUUAAUUGAACCAUUCAGCUGAAGUGGGCUCUCAGUCAGUUCUUUUUUUGUUUUGUUUUUUUAGCUGAUCCCAGUCCGUUCCUGUAACAUAGAUUUAACAUGUGCCUGGAAACAUUUUCAGGACAAAACUAGUAUUACGGUGUAGAAACCGUCACAGUAUUAAGUGUACAGAUGUCUCAAUUGAAAGAUUCAAAAUCUACAUUGGAAUCUACAAAAAUAAUUCCUACGUGUAGCUGUCUUUGAAUUCAUCUGUUAAUCUGUUAAGCAUUUGUUGAAGUCUGUCUCCAGUAUAUGUGGCUUUGGUCUCUAUUUCCUCAAACAAGUAUUUUGGAACAUAAGCAAUGGAUCAGCUUUUUUUUUCUUUGGCAACUCUGCUCAAUAGUUUCUUUAAGUGGGUUCAGAUUCUCAGUUACAGCAGUUCAACUUGUGCCUUAUGUUUCUCUCACUUUUUACAAAUAAAUCUGGUUCUACCAGUGCUACUUGUUUCUAA